UCCUUCCUUCCUUCCUGGCUUCCCCGCUGAAUCCUGAUCCACUGAUGUGCGGACGUGUGGAUUGUGGAUGUGGUGAGAAUUACGAAAACCUCUGUCCUUUUUCUGUGAUUCUCCAACGCUCUCCAUCCACUCGGCAGAUACAGGUCUAGGUAGGACUCAACGGACCAACCAACUAGAAACGGAGCAACUCUAAAGGACGAGCAUGGCUAUGUACACGGACGGCGAAGGCCCCAUGAUGAAGCUCAAUCUGGGCCUGGUGGCCGAUCCGCCUGAGGUCGAGAGUCCCUUGCCCGUGCGCGUGGAACCCAAGCCUCGACGGCCCUUCGAUCCCAGUCUCCACGGCCUGGAUCCCAAGUUCAGGCUCACCAACUUUGCCGAUCUCAAGGGCUGAGGCUGCAAAGUCCCUCAGGCGGUUCUUAUCCAACUGCUCGAGGGAAUCCAGUCCUCCGAUAACCAAGGACAAGCCUAUCCUAACAUGGCUGUCCCCAGGAUUGGGAUUGGGAUGGACUCUUCUAUUACUCCUCUUCGUCACGGUGGCUUGUCCCUAGUACAAACCACCGACUUCUUUUAUCCUUUAGUUGAAGACCCUUAUAUGCAAGGGAAAAUUGCUUGUGCCAAUGUUUUGAGUGAUCUCUAUUCUGAGGGCGUAACGGAAUGCGACAACAUGCUGAUGCUUUUGGGCGUGUCCACGAAAAUGACCGAGAAGGAACGCGAUGUGGUGAUCCCACUCAUGAUGCGCGGCUUCCGCGAUUGUGCUUUAGAGGCUGGCUGUGACGUGACCGGAGGACAGACCGUCCUCAACCCGUGGUGCACCAUCGGGGGAGUGGCCACCACCGUCUGUCAACCCAAUGAAUUCAUAUUACCUGAAUCCGCGGAAGUGGGAGAUGUCUUGGUGUUGACCAAGCCUUUAGGUACGCAAGUCGCCGUUAACGCCCAUCAAUGGCUCGACCAGCCCGAGCGUUGGGAGAAGAUCAAGCAUUCCGUCACCGAGGAACUCGUCCUCAAAGGCUACGAACGGGCUAUGGACUCCAUGGUUCGACUCAAUCGGACGGCGGCCAUGCUCAUGCACAAAUAUAACGCUCACGGAGCCACCGACGUCACAGGAUUUGGAGUGUUGGGCCAUGCCGCCAAUUUGGCCAAAAAUCAGAAGGCUGAGGUCUCAUUUGUGAUCCAUAACCUUCCGGUGAUUGCCAAAAUGGCGUCGAUAGCCAAAGCAUGCGGCAACAUCUUCAAGUUGUUGCAAGGAUACUCAGCCGAGACCUCUGGAGGUCUACUCAUCUGCCUUCCCCGCGAUUCAGCGGCGCCUUUCUGUAAAGAGAUCGAGAAACUCGAAGGCCGAGCGGCCUGGAUCGUGGGCAUUGUGGAAAAGGGCGAUCGAACGGCCCGGAUCAUCGAACGACCUCGCGUGAUUGAAAUCCCGGCCAUUGAAAAAGAAGGCCAGUUGUGGUAGUUGGGGUGCGAGUUCUGCGCCUCGAUUAUAAGCCCAAAUGUCAGAUGAAUGUGAACACUCAAAAAGUCGCAAGCUCUUUACAAUCAUUUUCUUCGCUUAUCUUAUUUCCGUCUCAAAGAAAAAUAUUUUUGAGAAUUCUUAAAUCAUGACGGACGUUGGGACCAACCCUUUGUUUUUGGGAUCCAAGCGUCUUGAUAAUCCUUAACUUAAGAAUUCAGAACUAUUUUUUCCACACAUUUGAUCUAAAUAAAAUUAAACACUUAACUAA